GUAGGCGCAGCAUCGGGGCUGGUUCCAGACUUGUGGCCACUGUGUAUGAAGAAGACAUAAUGAUCACUUCUACAGGACACAAGCACAUACUUGGUAGCACCACAAAUUGAGCCCCGCCGCGUCCCAUACUAUGUAGCUCUAAUCCAGAGCUAGGCAGAACAUGGCAUGGUGUACAUAGUAUUUUGUAUUCAUGGCCAUCCUCAUAGGUAUGCAUAAAUGCUUCCUUAUGAGACGGAGGACCUUGCGCAUUAGCGAUUACCACUUUCCUCACUCGCAAUAUACCUUCAGAUGCAGCAGCGAAUCGAUGUGCAUUGCCAUGCUGUGGCUCCUGGGUAUCGUCGAUAUGCCAUCGACCACGGCCAUGAGAAGCCUGAUGGAAUGCCUGCUCUCCCUGCCUGGAGCCCAGAGCAGCACAUUGCCCUCAUGGAAAAGCUGAACAUCAGCAAGUCCAUCUUGAGCAUCACCUCUCCAGGAACGCACCUCACGCCGAAGCAUGGCGACCACGCCGCCGACAUGACCCGGCAAAUUAAUGAGGAGCUGUCUGCCAUCUCCACCGCCCAUCCUCUACACUUUCGCUUCUUUGCCUCGCUGCCACUCCCGUUGGUCGACGAGUCCAUCGCCGAGAUUGACUAUGCCCUGGAUAAGCUCGGAGCAGUAGGCUUUGCUGUUUUGUCCAACGCAAACGGUGUCUAUCUCGGGGACCAGGUGCUGGAUCCGGUCUUUGCGCACCUCAAUUCUCGCAAAGCUGUUCUGUUCAUACAUCCCACCACCUGCAAUCUGCUCGCCUCCACGGGACCCGACUCGCAGGACGACGUGCACGCAGUCAAACCGCUUGACAUGUAUCCUCGUCCCAUGAUGGAGUUUAUGUUUGAUGAGACUCGUGCCAUUGCCAACCUGCUGCUUUCGGGCACCGUGGCAAAGUACCCGCACAUCACUUUCAUCAUGUCGCAUUGCGGUUGUGCGUUGCCUUCCAUCGUAGAUCGCAUCGGCGCUUUUGCGACUCUUACUACGGGGGAAGAGAGCCAGAGCGCCGAGUUCCGAAGGUUGCUUCGGGAGAGAUUCUACUUUGACCUGGCCGGAUUUCCAUUCCCCAACCAGAUCCACGGCCUGCUCAGAAUUCUGGGGGAUGGUGGGGAACAGAGACUGGUCUACGGGACGGACUAUCCCUUCACCCCCGAGAAGGUUGUGAUUGGUCUAUCAAAGCAAAUGGAGACGGGAUGUGAGGAGCUCUUCAACGUAGACCAACGGAACGAUGUGUAUCUUAGCAACGCGGAGAGGCUCCUAGGUUUACCGAUGUCGCAAUAAAUACUUUUU